AUGUUCCAGGUUCGUACUCUCAUCUCAUUCGGGGAGUCUAUCGGCGCGUUCCCGUUCCCGUUCCCGUUCCCGUUCCCGCUUUUGUACCAACGGCGUAUUGCCGUGCCCUUCUUGAGAGAGCCCACAUCGCUCACCGGCGUUGUUUCGUCCCAGCCCAACCCCCAAGACCAUCUACACCUGCGACUGCACCGGGCGCGAUCGGUUAUUUUGACCGCGGAGGAGCUCGUCGAGAUCCGCGCCGCCCAGCGCACCUUUGAGGGCGCCUACAUGCGGACGGCCCUUUCGCAGUUCUCCUUCGCCCUCAUCAUCCUCAAGAUCUUCACCUCCGAGUUCUACGCCAUCGGCGCCCUGUUCGCCGUCUACGGCGCCGCCGUCAUGCUCGUCGCCAUCUUCCGCCGCCACGAGGGCAACCGCCAGUUCUUUACGUCCCCCAAGGAGGACGAGCGCGGUGGCGUCUCCGUCGUCCGCAAGUUCCGCACCUCGGGCAACAGCGUCGCCCUGCUCACGGCCCUGAGCCUCGCCGCCUACGUCACGUUGCUGGUCCUCACGUGGCAACUGGUGCAGUAA